AUCAAUUACCAUAAAUCAUGGGAGAAUCUUUUUGCCUUUUUUUAAGAAUAUGGGAAAACUAUUCUCUGUAAUAGUUUACCUUACAAAACUUCUCUUGUAUUUAUGGGUUCAUUUUUUUUAAUUUUUUUUAAAGGUGGAAAAUUUGAAAAAGUGCUUGAUCUUUUUGGCUUUUGUCAUUGUUCUCGCAAGCUGAUUGGGUUUAUUAUUUUUUAUUAUCACCUUUUUCAGCAACAUAUAUCUAAAUUCAUAAUUAAAGUUGAGCUUUAUGAGCUUCUAGGGGAGAAGCCUAAAUUUUUGGAGGGUAGGUGAGAAAAAGACAGAAUUGUUUAGCUUGUUCAACUAUAUAAAACGUUGAACAAGAAAUUUGCGGACACCCGACUAAAAACGCCCGAGGAGUUAGGAGGAAAAUGGGUUCUGAUGGAAAGCUUGCAAAAAGGGCUUUGCUUACUGAUACCCCUGUUAUGGUUCAGAUACAAGAGCUGAUCCGAGGUGUGAAAGAUAGCGUUUCUCUGGCUCAGGGGGUAGUGUACUGGCAACCACCCAAGCAGGCUCUAGAGAAGGUGCAAAAACUUGUAUGGGAGCCUGUGAUCAGUCGUUAUGGUGCUGAUGAAGGUGUUCCUGAGCUCAGAGAAGCAUUACUAAAAAAGUUACAGCAAGAAAAUAAUUUACACAGAUCCUCAGUGAUGGUGACUGCUGGUGCAAAUCAGGCUUUUGUUAAUAUUGUUCUUACACUGUGUGAUGCUGGAGAUUCUGUCGUCAUGUUUGCUCCGUACUACUUCAAUUCAUACAUGUCAUUCCAGAUGACAGGAGUCACUGACAUUCUGGUCGGCCCUAGUGAUCCAGAGACACUUCAUCCGGAUGCAGACUGGUUAGAGAGGAUUUUAAAGGAUACAAAACCAACUCCAAAGCUUGUUUCUGUUGUAAAUCCUGGCAACCCUUCUGGAACCUACAUUCCUGCGCCUCUUCUCCAGAGAAUAUCAGAUCUUUGCAGAGAUGCUGGAUGUUGGCUUGUGGUAGACAAUACAUACGAGUACUUCAUGUAUGAUGGUCUGAAGCAUGUCUGUCUAGAGGGGAAUCACAUUGUCAACGUAUUUUCUUUUUCUAAAGCUUAUGGAAUGAUGGGAUGGCGAGUUGGAUAUAUUGCAUUCCCUUCAGAAGUGGAAGGUUUAUCAGCUCAACUCCUUAAAGUCCAGGACAACAUACCUAUUUGCGCUUCUAUAAUCUCACAACGACUUGCACUUCACUCAUUGGAAAUGGGGCCCAAGUGGGUCACUGAUCAUGUAAAUGAACUAGUCAAAAAUCGAGAAAUUGUGCUAGAAGGUUUAUCUCCACUGGGUAAGGAUGCUAUUAAAGGUGGAGAAGGUGCAAUUUACUUGUGGGCAAAGCUUCCAGAUGAAUUUACUGAUGACUUUGAAGUAGUUCGCUGGCUAGCUCAGAAACAUGGGGUCAUCUUAAUACCUGGAUCUUCCAGUGGCUGUCCCGGGUAUCUUAGGAUUUCCUUUGGUGGGUUGAUUGAAGAUCAGUGUCGUAUUGCUUCAGAGAGACUCAAACAAGGGUUAGAAGAACUUGUGAACAAAGGAAUGGUGGUGUAAUAUUCAAUUCUUACAGCCAAUUUACAGCGUGGUCCAUUCUUAACCUUUCAUAAUUGGAGAAUUUGUGAUUCGACAUGUAUAGUGCAAAAGAAUUCUUUUACAGAACAAGAUUUCCAACAUACACAGAUUUCUGGCACUGUGCAUGCAAUAAAUUGAUCGUUUCUUACUCCA